UGGAUGAGGAGGAGGAGUACGAGUGCGUCAGCGUCCUCAACUCCCACACGCAGGAUGUCAAGCACGUGGUGUGGCACCCCAACCAGGAGCUCUUGGCCUCAGCCAGCUACGACGACACGGUGAAGCUGUACCACGAAGAGGAGGAUGACUGGGUGUGCUGCGCCACGCUGGAGGGCCACGAGUCGACGGUGUGGAGCGUGGCCUUCGACCGCAGCGGCGAGCGCUUGGCUUCCGGCAGCGACGACAAGACAGUGCGCAUCUGGCAGCAGUACAAACCGGGCAACGAGGAAGGAGUGGCCUGCAGCAGCACCGACCCCACCUGGAAGUGUGUCUGCACCCUCUCUGGCUACCACACAAGGACCAUCUACGACGUGGCAUGGUGCCACCUCACCGGGGCGCUGGCGACGGCCUGCGGCGACGACGCCAUCCGGGUGUUUGAGGAGAGUGCGUCCUCCGACCCGCGGCAGCCCACCUUCAGCCUCGCCGCCCACGUCCCCCACGCGCACUCGCAGGACGUCAACUGCGUGGCCUGGAACCCGAAGGAGCAGGGGCUGCUGGCCUCCUGCAGUGACGACGGCGAGAUCGCCUUCUGGAGGUACCAGCGCCCCGAAGUUUGCUGA